CUAACGGAUCAAAGAAAUUGUUCGAUGAUGAAUAGGUAGGUGUCAGGGUCACAGUCUCAGGACGAGUUCCAUUCCCAAGCAAAUAAGCAAAAAACACAUUCUGGUGGUUUAGGACUUUUCACAAACACUUGCCCUCCCUUCUUUGUUUCUAUAAAUUCCUUUUGACUUUGAUUCCUUCCCCUUCCUGCAAAGCUUCUAAUCCUCACCAACUUCUCGUAAGCUUCGCCAUCGCCUUCCUUCAACUCCACUCUCUCUCGUUCUGGAUCACAGGGCCUCGAUGAGUUUCACCAUGGAUUCGGUUUCGGUUUUAAACCCUAAACUCACACAAACCCAUGUUUCAUUGCCAUUCAACAGGCUUGCCCAUUGUGUCAAAUUCGACCCUUUACUUAAACCUCGCGCUUUCAGAGUCUCUGUUAACGCCGUUUCCCCAAAUGGGGUUGGUGCGUGCUUUCUUCCCCUGAAUCGACGAAGCCCAUUAACCCUCGCUUUCGCAGCAAAGCACCAAGACUCGGAAAAUGGUGAAAUUGAAGUGGAGAAGGGGAAGGAUGCGGAACCCUACAUUGGUUCUGAAGAGUCACAGGAAGCAUGGAAGCAGGCUCUGGAUACCUUCAGGGAACAAGCCAUUAAGUUUCAAGGAAUUUCUCAAGAAGCAUAUGAAUUGUAUUCUAAGAAGGCUAUUGUCAUUUUGAAAGAUACCACGGAACAGUUGAAGGUACAAGCAGAUAAGGCAAGGCAUGAUUUGAGUGUGGCAGCAAUAGAAGGCAAAGAGUAUUUGUCCACAGCUGCUGAGAAUUCACCUGAGGUGAAGGACAUCGUUGAGACAUUUACCUCCCCAACUGAUGAUCUCAACAAAAUAUCUGGAGUUAGGGACUUCUAUGUUGGUGUACCUUAUGGUUUGAUACUUUCCCUUGGUGGCUUCCUUAACUUUAUGGUUACAGGAAGUAUUGCAGCCAUAAGGUUUGGGGUGAUUUUAGGUGGUGUCCUCUUGGCUUUAAGCAUUUCAAGUCUGAGAUCAUAUAAAAAAGGACAUUCCUCUCCUCUAGCUUUGAAGGGCCAAGCAGCAAUAGCAAGUAUAUUGUUUCUGCGGGAGAUAAGCAAAGGAUCGUCUUAUUUCACUGUCUUGAUCAGUGGUGCGGUAGUGGCAUUUUAUGUCUAUAGAAUGUUACUGGAACCUAAACAACAAAAGGGCUCAAACUUGGAAAGUGGAGGAGAAAACUAGUUCAGUGAUAAGUUAUUCACGGGCUGAGUCAUGAGGACCAAAGAUUCACUGCUGCGGGUUAUGGUUUCAUGCAUGGAAAAAACGAGCUUGGAAAAUCUAAAUAUAAUGUCACAUGUACUUUCAUGUAUGUUUUUGUCAGAAAAAUAC